GUGUGCGAGGUGGAUCCACGGGCUGCGCGCUGCUGGGCGGCGCAGCUGCCGAAGGAUGCGGUGGCUGGGGCACGCUUCGCGGUGUGGUGCGGGGCGGCGGGACCCGUGCGGGAUGUGAAGCCUCCCGUUGACCACGGCUUUCCGAACUUGGAGGAUUGUGGGAAGAAUCUGUUGGCCCCACUCCCACAAGCAAUUGUUGAUAAGGAAACCCGUGUCAAGCUUGCUUCCGCCAAGUUCACGAAAGCCAAUCGUAAGGGAAGGCCGAAGGCUAAGAAGCCGAAGUUCUGCCCGAACUGUUCGCGCCAGAGCUGCAAGGAUGCAAAGGCAUCGAAGCCCUGA